AUGGUCAAAAAGAAGAACGGGAAGUGGCGAAUAUGUGUCGACUUCACCGAUUUAAACAAAGCAUGCCUGAACGAUUCUUUCCCGUUACCCCACAUCGACCAACUUAUUGAUGGAACAGCGGGACACGAACUGCUGAGUUUCUUGGAUGCAUACUCUGGUUAUAACCAAAUUCUAAUGGCUGAAGAAGAUCAAGAAAAGACCAUUUUCAUCACUCACCGAGAUACAUACUGCUAUAAGGUGAUGCCAUUCGGGCUGAAGAAUGCAGGGGCCACGUACCAAAGGUUAGUCACCAAAAUAUUCAAAGAUCAACUUGAUAAGACAAUGGAGGUUUACAUCGAUAACAUGCUAGUGAAGUCGGAAAAGAAAGAAGAUCACAUUGGUCAUCUGAAGGAAGCCUUCAAAAUAUUAAGGCAGUACGGAAUGAAAUUGAAUCCCGAAAAAUGCGCCUUCGGCGUGACUUCUAGAAAGUUCCUCGGUUUCCUAGUGUCACAAAGGGGAAUUGAAGUCAACCCGGACCAAAUCAAGGCCAUCGAUGCAAUACUGGAAAUAUUGACCAGCAAAAAGCUGGUGCAGAAAUUGAUAGGACGAAUAGCCGCCCUAUCAAGGCUUAUUUCAUGA